CAACAUACUCCAACGUGCAUAUCAGAUCUCUUGGGUCAGUCAUCAAUCGAAGCAGGACACUGAUAUCUCGACCAACGGAUUCGUGCGCGAUUUGCAGCAAUGUCUACCGAGGGCGAAACCGAGCCGAUACCUUCGGUUAAAGAUCUUGCGAGUUCUGAACCCUCAAUUCGCCGAACAUGUCUCAAGACGAUAACCACACACAUCAAUGAACGGUCACCGUCGAACCCAAUCACAUCAACGCAGUGUCUCGCGCUCUGGCGCGGUCUGUACGUUGCGCUUUACAUGCACGACAGCAAAAAUGCUCUUUCAGUGCAGAAUCUUGCAGCUGAACUCGCCAGGACGGUGCAGACGAUGGCUUCGAAAGAUGACGAAGUACGAAAUGCCGGCAGCCAGACGUACUCUUGGCUAGAAACCUGGUCAGUUGCCUUUUGGGAAACAAUUUGUCGAGAAUGGCCUUCGAUCGAUCAAUGGCGCAUGAACAAAAUCCUGCUGCUUGUGCGAUUCUAUUUACGAGAGGUAUUCCAUCUGUCGCUGCAAUCCGUGGUGGACAAUGAUUCCGAGGGGAAAGAGAACUCGACCAAAUUCAUCACAAGCCAAGUCCACAUCUUAGAGGCUUGGCCGCUCAGUCCUCGUGAACGUAAGGUGCCGGAUGGCUUGAGACUCCACGUUCUUGAUAUCUGGGUCGACGAGCUGGCAGGCCAGGUCGAUGCCGUACAAAAAGGUCACUCUCAGAAUGGCGAGACGGAAAAUGAGAGCCCAAAUGCGGCUUUGACCGAUGUCGCCAAUAAAUUCAUGACGCCGGUGGAAAAAGUGAGCAAGGAAGCUCCCCACAAAGGCGUGAAGAUGAGAGCCAAGGAGGCAGUGAAAUCAUUCCAAGAGCAGUUUGCAUCUUGACUGGGCGGAAUGUCGACUGCCACUGCAAAGCCAGGUCUAAGCACUACACAGCACGCUCGAAUUCGGACCCAGAGGAAAAGCAGAAAGCAAUUGGCAAGCCCUGCUAAAAUUAGGACGACGAUCAAAAGCAUUAUUUUCUCCACCAGUGGUAUUGCCAACAGCUGAGCGGGAACCUGCAUUCGAUAGACAGGGAUUGCGAUUGAGAAAAGCUCGUUACCACUCCCACCUGUCAAGAUGCAAUAUGACUUCAAACCAGAACUCUAUAUGGAUAUCCUUCUGCCAUGUACACUCCGCGCCGGCUCGAACAAUGGGACGCUACCUACCGCGGAGAAGUCGGACAUGCAGCUCUGGAUGUGCUGGACCUUGGCUUCGACUUUUCCAAAACGAUGGAUCGACUUCUUGAGAAUCCCAUUCCUGUUAUGGACAUUCCAAAUCAGCGUGGGUUAUCCAUUUAUGAUGGGAGCUCUCCGCAUUAGCGACGGGAAAACAUGAUGGUCAGGACGAUUUCGAGGUUCCACUUGCAGAUUGACCAUGCCUCAUCCGACAUUUCGACAUCCGAUAUAUUAAUGAUCAUGCUGCCACUGGAAGAACAAACUUUGUCAUUUUCCCACCAGGGAAUUUCAUGAAAAGCGGCUCGAACACAUCAUCUCUAUCUCGCUGAACCGCUUUUUAUCCGGAUCUGGAGAAAUAUUGACCUCCCUCUGUCAUUCAAUUGGAUGAACCGGAGCUGAACUGGAGCUUUUACGGCUCCACCAACCCGUUGUUCCUGUCGUCACGUUUCUGUUAUGAUUUGUAGGAGGUCAUCAAUGGAGAGCUCAAGAGGUUGAAGCUUCAGUCUCAUGCAAGCAGAGAUGCGGGCAAGCUGUUUGAUGAAGCUGGACCAGUUGAAUAUGACGGUAUAUAACGAACAGUCCUGUCCAGCAAGGCCACUGCUGCUCCCUUCCGUUUAUCCCCUCUCAACAAAGCCCCCAAUACUCCUGUGUCCUGCUGAAUCAGCCCUUUUGACAUGCGCUCCUUAACGCCUUCGGGUCGGCAUCGGCGUGGAAAUGCCAGAACAUCACCGUCUC